AUGCUCCAGUCCCGUACUUCCUCCAUUGCUUCGGCCUCGGCCUCUGCUGCUGCGGCUGCCUUUCGCCCGCUGGCGGCGGCAGAGGGUUUUGCGGCCGCUGCGCCAGUCCUCGUCAUCGAUACCAACAUUGCUCUCCAUCAGAUCGAUCUGCUGGAGAGGGCCGAUGCCCUUGUCAACAUUGUUGUCCUCCAGACAGUUCUCGGUGAAGUCUCGGCUCGCUCGGCGCAGCUCUACUCCCGCCUGAGGGCUCUGACCUCGGACUCGGCCCGCUGUGUCUACGUCUUCUCCAACGAGCACCACCGCAAGACCUACAUCGAGCGCGUCAAGGGCGAGUCGCCCAACGAUCGCAACGAUCGCGCCAUCCGUGUUGCUGCAAAGUGGUAUCAUGACCACCUGGCAUCCGUCCCGCUCACCCGCGACCAGCUCGCCGAGUUGCAGCUCGCCAAGGCAAAGAUGACCAAGGCCGCCGCUGCCACCGCUCCGGCCAGCCUCGUCCGCAGCAUGGCCGAUGGCGAUGGCAAGGCCCGUAAGGUCAUCCUCAUUUCGGACGAUGUGGCCAACUGCGCCGCUGCCCGAGAGGACGGCCUCGAGGCUUACGGCAUUGCCGACUACCUCGCGGCCUACCUCCCGCACGAGCCGAAGCUCCUCGACCUGGUGGCCAAGCCCAAGGCCGGCGCUGGCGGCCGUGAGUUCUCCAGUGGCCGCGAGCCGAUCUUCCCUAAGCACCUCGACGAGUCCGAGGUUCUCGCUGGUGUCCGCGCCGGCAAGUACGUGCAGGGCAAGUUCUACCAGGACGUCCGCAACGUGCUGCAGGGCUCGGUGACUCGCGGCGAGGUCGGCGUCCCAGUCCUCAUCUCGGGCGUGGUCGACAUCAACCGCGCGUUUGACGGCGACGUUGUCGCCGUCGAGCUCUAUCCCGAGUCCGAGUGGGCCGCCGAGUCGGAUCUGCUCGUCGACGGUGACGCCGCCGCGGCCAACGACGACGGCGACCCGGACGGCGACACGCUCUCCCUCGAGGCGGCGUCCAAGGACGCGGCCCAGAGCGCGGGCGAGAUCCGCCCGCGCGGCAAGGUUGUCGGCAUUGUUAAGCGCAACUGGCGCCGGUACUGCGGUCAUCUGCUGCCGCGCAAGUCGGACCGCCCGGGCCGCCCCUCGCCGGGCAAGUACCUCUUUGUGGCCAACGUCCGCCACCUCCCGCGCAUCCGCAUCCACACCACCCAGCCGGCGUCGCUGCUUGGCAAGCGGAUCAUGGUCGCCGUCGAUGGAUGGGACCGCUACUCCAAGUACCCGUCGGGCCACUACGUCCGGGUCCUCGGCGAUGUGGGCGACAAAGAGACCGAGAACGAGCUCCUGCUCCUGGAGCACGACAUUUCGUACGAGCCGUUCUCACAGGCCGUCCUCGACUGCCUCCCGCCGUGCCCGUACGUCAUCUCGCCGAAGGAGAUUGCCAAUCGCGUCGACCUCCGCGAGUCCCGCGUGGUGUGCUCCAUCGACCCGCCGGGCUGCACAGACAUUGACGACGCGCUCCACGUCCAGCGGCUGGCCAACGGCAACUUUGAGGUCGGCGUCCACAUCGCCGACGUCUCACACUACGUCAAGCCCGGGACCGCCAUCGACGCCGAGGCUGCCGCCCGCGGCACCACCGUCUACCUUGUCGACCGUCGCAUCGACAUGCUCCCGUCGUACCUCGGAACCGACCUCUGCUCGCUCAAGCCGCGCGUCGACCGCCUCGCCUUUUCGGUCGUGUGGGAGCUGACGCCCGAGGCCGAGACCGUCUCGGUCGCCUUCCACAAGUCAAUCAUCCGCUCGGUCCACGCUUUUUCGUACGGUGAGGCCCAGGCCAAGAUCGAUUCGGACGACGACGACGUGGUGGCGCGCAACCUCCGCGACCUCCUCGCCCUCUCGCGCAAGCUUCUCGCCCGGCGCAAGGCCGCAGGCGCGCUCACCCUCUCCUCGCCCGCCGUCCACUUUGAGCUCGACUCGGAGACGUCUGACCCGCUCUCGACCUCGAUCUACGAGCUGCGCGAGACGAACUCGCUGGUGGAGGAGUUUAUGCUCCUCGCCAACACCACCGUGGCCAAGCAGAUCCUUGGAGCCUUCCCGUCAUCGGCCAUGCUUCGCCGGCACCCUGCGCCGAACCCGGAGCGCUUUGAGGCGCUCAUCACCGCCAUCCGCGCCUCGUCGCACCUCUUUGACGCCGGCGACGAGCUCACCUUUGACGUCUCAUCGAACCGCUCGCUGGCGACCUCGCUCGAUGCCGCCACCUCGACGGCCAACCCGUACCUCAACACCCUGCUCCGCAUCCUCACCACCCGUUGCAUGCAGCCGGCAGCCUACUUUUGCUCGGGCAACGAGGACUCGUACGAGCACUUUGGCCUCGCCGCACCGCUCUACACCCACUUCACCUCGCCCAUCCGCCGCUACUCGGACGUCAUUGUCCAUCGCCAGCUCUACGCCUCGCUCUCCAAGACGCACGAGUCGCACCCCUCGCUCGUCAACCGCAACCUGCUCUCGGCCAUUGUCGACAACCUCAAUCUCCGCCACCGCAACGCCCAGUUUGCCGCCCGAUCCUCGGUCGACCUCCACACCCUCAUCUUCUUCAAGGACAAGGUCGUCGUCGAGGACGCCUACGUCCUCGCCACAAAACUCAACGGCAUCGUUGUCCUCGUGCCCAAGUUUGGCGUCCAGGGCCACGUCACCUUUUCGCGUGCCGAUGAGCCGUCGCCGCUCGACUAUGACGCCAAGACCCAGACUCUGCGCCAUCCCGAGACCGGCGACCUUGUCCUCGCCAUGUUCCAGCCUGUCCGCGUCCGCAUCUCGGUCAAGACCAACGCCAACCUCCGCCGCUACCUCAACGUCGAGCUGGUGGAGCCGUCGCUGGCGAGCUUGCUCGGAGUCGACAACGACGAGCCCGCCGCCGGUCCCGCCCCUAUGGACGUCGCCGGAUCGGACAAGUACUCGCUCGACGACGUGCUCGCUCUCGGCCGCGACGACGACGACGACGGCGACGAGGCGACAAAGUCAUCCGAGGCUGCCAAAGCUCCCACCUCGGGCUCAAAGCGCCGCGUUCGCGAUGCCGACUUGUCGCAGAACAAGGGCGGUGCCGCCGUGGCCGACGACGAGACGCCGGCCAAGCGCGCCAAGCUCAUGCACGAUGGCGAGGCUCUUGCGGCUGCGUCGCUGGCUGCUGCCAAGAGUAAGUCCAAGGCCAAGGCCAAGGCCAAGACCAAGGCCAAGGCCAAGGCCAAGGGCAAAGGCAAGAGCAAGUGAGUGAAACAGCUGUAAAGAAAGACCGACAAGG